AUGCAGUAUGUACAGUUGGGGUACACGAAAGCCUGCUCCUUCCACGGGUUGCCACAUCACAUUGACUCACCUUCCUCUGUGCUGGCAGGUGGAAGAGAGCCAGGUGCUGCUGCUGUGGAGGACACCCUGUUCACGCUACUGCUGCAGCUGGUUCCUGACUGCCGGGCUCUGGUGGAGCUGGGGAAGGGGAUGGGACGUGGAUGGACAGUGUCUCACCCUCGGGGAGCAGGUGGGCUGGCAGGACAGGCGUCCCCAGGCCGGGAGAAGGAGGCGCUCCCAGAUAGGUGGGUUCUACGCAGGCUGCCCCCUCUGCAGACCUCCAGCUCCUGUGACGAUGCUCUGAGCCCAGGUGUAUCCAGUGUUUUCUUCUAUGGACCUGUUCUGAACUGUCCAGCCUGCCUAUGGGGGAAGGGAGCGUGGCCAUCUGUCUGGUACCCACAUCCAGCCGAUCCUCCCAGCCUCACAGGCUGCUUUGUUCUGAGGUUAAGCAUGGUCUAUGCUUUGCCCAUGUUGAUGAAUGAAUCCUGUCACAUAAUCCAAGCAUCCCAGAUCUGCGAGCCCUGCCCACACCCUCUCAGAGGGUCUGGGAAGUGGGUUUCCCUUACCCCACCAUGA